AUGCGGCGGGCGAAAAGCGGCGGGGCGACAAAGCCACGCGGGCAGAAGCGGCCGGGGACCUCCAGGGCCCCCGCCUCGGCCCCUAGUGCCGACCGCGCACGGCGGCCCGCGGUCCAGGCCGGGGGCGGGAGCCGGGCGGCGGCGAGGCAGCCGGCGGCCAAGCGACGGUCGCCGCCGGCGCAGGAGGCGGGCCCCGGGGAGCCGCCGCCGGUGCCGCCGUUGCCCCCGCCUCCGCCCGCGGCGCUCGCGGCUUCCGAGCUGGACCUGGGCGAGCAGCGGGAGCGCUGGGAGACCUUCCAAAAGCGGCAGAGGCUCAGCUUCGAGGGCGCCGCCAAGCUGCUGCUGGACACUUACGAAUACCAGGGCCUGGUGAAACACACAGGAGGCUGCCACUGUGGGGCCGUGCGCUUUGAAGUUUGGGCCUCGGCUGACCUGCACAUCUUUGACUGCAACUGCAGCAUCUGCAAGAAGAAGCAGAACAAACAUUUCAUUGUCCCGGCCUCUCGCUUCAAGCUUCUGAAGGGAGCCGACAGCAUCACCACGUACACCUUCAAUACCCACAAGGCGCAGCACACCUUCUGUAAGCGCUGCGGCGUCCAGAGCUUUUAUUCUCCCCGCUCCAACCCUGGAGGCUUCGGGAUUGCCCCCCACUGCCUGGACGAGGGCACCGUGCGCAGCGUGGUGGUGGAGGAGUUCAAUGGCAGCGACUGGGAGAAGGCCAUGAAGGAGCAUAAGACCAUCAAGAACAUGUCCAAGGAGUGA